AUGGAGGCCGCAUAUGCGCAGCCCAUCCACAAUGUCCUCAAAUCGUUCGGUUCCGACCCCACAGACGGGUUGAGUGAUGGUCAGGUCUCGAGCUUGCGCCAGAAGCAUGGCAAAAACUCCCCUACUCCCAUCUGGGAGCUUAUUCUCGAGCAGUUCAAGGAUCAGCUUGUUCUGAUUCUUCUCGGUUCGGCCGCCGUCUCUUUGGACUGGCCCUCUUUGAACAAGAAGAGGGCUGGAAUCCUUACCAUUCUUAUCCUCAAUGCCGUUGUCGGAGUUUCCCAGGAAAGCAGCGCGGAGAAGGCUAUUGCUGCCCUUCAAGAAUACUCGGCCAACGAAGCGAAUGUCAUCAGGAAUGGUGGCCACGUUUCUCGCGUCAAGGCCGAGGAACUUGUCCCCGGUGAUAUUAUCAGUAUCCACGUUGGCGACCGUAUCCCUGCUGAUUGCCGUCUCGUGGCAAUCGAAAGCAACAACUUCGCCGUCGACCAGGCUAUUCUCACCGGUGAAAGCGAGAGUGGGCAAGGACGACACCAUCGUCGUCAGUGA